AUGGACAAAACAGACAUCUCUCACAUUGAACUUGCCGAAGAGGGCCUUGUACAGCCUUCUGCUGGAAUGAAUGUCGACCUAUUCAAGGGAAAUGAAACGGUACUUGUCCCCACCCCAUCUGCGGAUCCCAGAGAUCCAUUGAACCUGCCCGCAUGGCGCAAAUGGAUUCUUCUCAUCAUAGUAUCGGCAUACAGCUGUACGGCUGUCGUACUCGCAUCAGGAAUGGGUUCAAUCUUCUCCGUCGUCGAAGCAUCCUAUCCAGGACAAGAAACGAAGGCCAAUGACCUUUUGACAUAUCCGACCUUGUUCAUGGGUAUUGGAAACCUCAUCUCCAUGCCCUGGGCUUUCACCGUUGGUCGCCGACCAGUGUUCCUUGCGUCAAUGGUGCUCCUCAUCGCAGCCGGUAUCUGGUGCCAAUGCUCGACGAGUCUGGGAAGCCACAUCGCCGGUCGCAAUAUCAUGAGUCUAGCAGCGGGACAGAGUGAAGCGUUGUCGCCGCUCAUCGUUCAGGAAAUCCAUUUCCUGCAUGAGCGUGGUCGCAAAAUCGGGUGGUUUAUCUUCAUUCAGAAUAUUGCUUGUGGGUUAUUCUUCGUGAUCUCCACAUACAUGGUCGCAGCCUGGGGGUGGAGAUGGUGGUAUGGUUUCUUCACCAUUAUGAAUGCGGUGAUCUUCAUACUUGCUGUGGUAUUUUUGACGGAGUCUCGUUUUGAAAGAACGGAGGCAGAAAUGCGCGGUGAGAUUCCUGAGUCAAAAAUCACCGACGCGUCUCCCGUGACAGAGCAGUACCAACCUCGGCGCUGGCGCGAUGACCUCAAAAUCAUUAUCUCCAAACCACGACUUUCCGAUAUUCCAAUCUUCUACAAGCAUGUCUUACAGGGCUUGUGUAUCCCAACGACUGUCUGGUUGCUUCUUUUGAAUGGCGCCAACCUAGGCACAUACGUCUUCCAGGCCUCAACAUUUUCAAGCAUCCUGAUGCCACCCCCUUACAACUUCAGCUUCAAUGCCCUCGGAUACGUCCAAGCCGGUCAGCUCGUCGACUGUCUUAUUUUCCUGCCCCUUCUGGGGUAUGGCAGUGACCUCGUCAUUCGGGCAUUCAGUCGCCGAAAUGGUGGAAUUUAUAAACCCGAGUACCGACUACCCGUCAUUGCAAUCCCGGCAAUUGUCGGCGUUGUCUGCGGUAUCAUAUACGGACAGGCCGCUGCCAACCCUGAGAAGUGGAGCGUCGCGUCGAUUGUCAUCGGGUACAACGCGAGCUACUUUGCAUUUCUGGGAGCAAAUAUUGUUGGCAUUACAUAUGCGGUGGAUAGUUUCCCGUUCCGCGCUGCACCGUUCCUGGUGGUUAUCUGUGCUGGGCGUGGGUUUAUAUCGUUUGGAUUGAGCUAUGCGACCUUGCCUGCUAUUGCUACUCUUGGGUAUGACGGGACCAUGAUUGUGGAAGAGGCUAUCUGUGCCGCGUUAGCGCUGUUCGCUAUCCCUAUGUUCUUCUUUGGCCCUCGUAUCCGCGAGUAUGUUCAGCGAUGGUGCUGUGGCGAGAAGCCCAAUUGA